AUGUGCUGUCAUGCACAUAAUCUACAUACAGUAGGUAGCUAUAGGAGUAUGUAUGGUGCACACAUCUUUUCGCCCAACAGCAGUAGCUCAACAAAAAAACCUCGGCCCGCAAAGAAAAAUUUGUCACGAUUAUCAUAUGUACUCGAUGUACCUACGUCUUACGGAUUCACCUCCGUGCCACAUCACAUACUCCAGCCUAAGGCACCGAUUAAAGAGGCGGAGUAUUCUACCAGUCGCGGGGACGUUGUGCAUUAUCCAGUAGCCUUAAUUGUCAGGGUUGUUUUUAUAACGCAAGGCCUCUAUUUCAAAGCAUUAAUUCAGAUUCCUGAUAAUGCCAUGAUCUUUUCCGCUACACCUACUUUCGCGCGUUUCGUUCAUCGUCGUAAUUCUGAUUUUAGGCAUAUAGGUAUGCUGCCCCCGUAUGUACAGCCACUGUACGUUGUCAAAGUUCGUAUUCUCACUAAUCCAAAGUGCGGGCUUAAUCCCGCAAACAUAUCACCUACCAUAUCAAUCGACGGAGACUUUAUUUUCUACCUUCGUGGUACUUGA